AUGAACUGGGCCUCCGCGACCGUCCUCAACCUCCCGCACUUUGUGAGAUAAAGUACCGUAUAAAGGAAAAAGAAAAAGAAAAAGAAAGAAAGGGUUUUAGGGUUUUCUUUGUUCUUUUUUGCGUGAAGAUUUAUAUGGGGGCUUGGAAGCUUGUGAUAGCCUUGAUCGCGAUCUCGUCUGUGGUAGUUGGAAUAUGGGCCGACGCGGGGAUCGAGGACGAGAUCGCCGGAACUGAGGCCUCGAAUUCGGCGCUGAGGCUGGAAUUAGAGCAGCUCAGAACCAAGAUCUCUGCCCUAGAAUCUAGUAUCUCAUGUCAAAACAAGGAACUGAAAAGCAAGGAUGAGAGCAUUGCGCAGUUGGAAAAGACUAUUCAAGAAAGGUCAGCAAGCAUUGCGUCAUUGCAAAGCGAGAUAGAAUCACUUCAGAAGAAGGGCUCUGUUGAUGCGGAGGAGCUAGUGGGGAAGGCCUCUGCUAGAGCUGUUGAACUUGAGAAGCAAGUUGAGAAACUUAGAAAUGAGAUUGAAUCACAAACUAGGAAGAGACUUGCAUUGGAGGCUCGCGCUAGUGAAGCAGAGAAGAAGGUGCAAGAAUUGAAUUUGAAACUAGAAAGCCUACAAAAAACCAAUAAUGAGCAAAAGCGCAGAAUUCAGAAAACUGAAAGCGCUCUUCAACUGGCAGAGGAAGAGUUGCUGAGGGCACAGUUAGAAGCAACAGCAAAAUCAAAACAGUUGACAGAGGUCCAUGGAGCAUGGCUACCACCUUGGUUUGCAUACCAUAUAAGUCAUUGUCAGGAGCUUGUAGCUACUCACUGGAAGGAGCAAGCAAAACCAGCAUUGGAUGUUUUCCUGCAAAAGGCAUCAGAUAAAUCAGCACAAGCAAAAAAAUGGGCUGAACCCCAUUUGGUAACUGCUAAGACAAAAUGGAUCCCUGCCUUCAAACAACAGUGGAUGAUCUUUCUAACCCAUGCCGAACCAUACAUGCGAACAAUAUCUAUUAAAACAGUUGAGGUUUACAAGGCAUCCAAGAGUACCAUUGCGCCGCAUAUUCUUAAAAUACAAGAGCUGGCAGAUCCCUAUUACCAGGAAGCCAAGAAGUUCUCUAAACCCUAUAUUGAUCAAGUUGCUACUGUCACCAAACCGCACGUUGAAAAAGUGCGAGUUGUUCUGAAGCCCUACAGAAAGCAUGUUGUUCGUGCAUAUGGAAAAUUUCUUAAAUCAGCAACAGCAUAUCACCACCAGGUUCAAGCUGCUGUCCAGGAACAUCUAAAGAAACAUGAAUUAACAAAACCUCUUGCAACUAAGGAGUUGGUGUGGUUUGUGGCUUCUGCUUUAUUGGCAUUACCAAUAUUCUUUUUGUACAGACUCCUAUCAGAUAUUUUCUGCAGUAAGAAGACUAGGAAACCUGCACGGAAUGCCCAUGCAAACCAUGCACAUCGUAGGCCUAAGCGCAGGCAUGCUGACAAGUAGCAGUAAAUUUAUCAAAAUAUAAACUUCAUCUUUCUGAUGUUUAUAUGCAAGGUUUCACCUUGGCAUUUGACAAUUAGCUGCGUAGCGUUUGGAGCGCCAGAGCUUUGUUGGGAGUAGAAGAUAGUUUUGGGUUUGAAGGACCCUUGUGUGACAUUUUCAGAACAUCCAACGCCAACAAUACAUCCUUUUGUGGUAGAAUUGCAUGUGCUUUUAUUAUGGCAGCACUUGUAUAUGUUUUAUGAAGACUUAUUCUUUCGUCUCCCAUUCCAUUCAUUACACUGAUUCUUGUGUUUGGAUCUAGAUAACGAAUCUACCGCUAAAAACUAAGUUGCUUUGGUGUAGGAUUGGUCGCUACUUGGUCCUCUGCCUAAUGAGUUGAAUUUUUGUGUCUA